AUGUCAAUUGAAGUCAAGUAUAGUAACUUAGGUGAAUCUGGCCUUAAGAUUUCACCAUUGAUUGUUGGAUGCUUAAGUUUUGGUUCCAAAGAGUGGGCUGAAUGGGUCAUUGAAGAUGAAGAUGAAGUUUUCACUAUUUUAAAGAAAUGUUAUGAUGUUGGAUUACGUACAUUUGAUACUGCUGAUAGUUAUUCAAACGGUAAGUCAGAGGAAUUGCUUGGGAAAUUUAUCAAGAAGUAUAACAUUCCAAGAGAUAAAAUUGUGAUAUUAAGUAAAGUUUACUUUAGUGUCGAACCCAAUACUGGAAGAUAUUCGUUAGCAGAUACCUCAGGUUUCGAAGAUAAGGACUAUGCCAAUAGAAAUGGGUUAUCUCGGAAACAUAUAUUUGAUGCUGUCGAAGCUUCUGUUAAAAGAUUGGGGACCUAUUUAGAUGUUUUCCAGAUCCACAGAUUGGAUGAAGACACACCAAAGAAAGAAAUAAUGAGGGCUUUGAACGAUGUGGUUGAUCAAGGAUUUGCCAGAUAUAUUGGUGCCUCUUCUAUGAGAGCGGUUGAUUUUGCUCAAUUGCAAUUUAUUGCCGAACAACAUGGUUGGCACAAAUUCAUUAGUAUGCAAAAUUAUUAUAAUUUGAUUUAUAGAGAAGAGGAAAGAGAAAUGAUUCCAUUUUGUCAAACCAACUAUUUGAGUAAAGUAGGUAUUAUUCCUUGGUCGCCACUUGCUAGAGGGGUUUUGGCUCGUUCACUUGGUGUCGUCUCAGAAAAUUCAAGAGAGAAAUUAGACCAACAACGGUUCAAAAUAUUGGGGUUGGACACUUUGUCAGAUGCAGAUAAAGAAAUUAUUCAAAGAGUUGAAAAAGUUGCAAAAGACCACAAUGUGAGUAUGGCCGUUGUUGCUACAGCUUGGGUUAUUGGCAAAGGUUUCAAUCCCAUUGUUGGACUCUCAUCCGUUAAAAGAGUCGAUGAUAUUUUGCAAGCGUUGAAAUUUGAAUUAACUAAGGAAGAAAAAACGUUUUUAGAGGAACCUUAUGUUCCUAAGAACGUAACCGCUUAA